AUGGUGUCCAACCGUACCUUCAGUGCCUGCCACCGCUUUGUCCCCCCUGAAUCGUUCUGUGAGCUGUGGAUCCGGGACACCAAGUACGUGCAGCAGCCCUGUGUGGCACUGACCGUGUACGUGGCUAUGUGCCACAAGUUCCACGUGUGCAUCGAAUGGCGGCGCUCCGACUACUGCCCCUUCCUGUGCUCCAGUGACUCCACAUACCAGGCAUGUGUGGCAGCCUGUGAGCCCCCCAAGACAUGCCAGGAUGGGAUGCUGGGCCCUCUGGACCCAGAACAGUGCCAGGUGCUUGGCGAGGGCUGUGUCUGCUCCGAGGGCACCAUCCUGCACCGGCGCCACUCUGCACUCUGCAUCCCUAAGGACAAGUGUGCCUGCACGGAUAGCACAGGGGUGCCGCGGGCCCUGGGGGAGACCUGGAACAGCUCCCUCAGCGGCUGCUGCCAGCACCAGUGCCAAGCCCCAGACACCAUCGUCCCGGUGGACCUGGACUGCCCAGACCCCCGCCCUGAGAGCUGCCCGCGCUUUGGGGAGGUGGCCCUGCUGCUGCCCACUGAGGACCCCUGCUGCCUGGGGACUGUCUGCGGCCACCGGCUCCUCACCCACUUCCAGGAGGACUCCUGCUGCCCCAGCUACAGCUGUGAGUGUGACCCAGAUCUAUGUGAAGCAGAGCAGCUCCCCAGCUGCCGCCAGGACCAGACCCUGAUCGCGGGCCGCCUGGGGGACUCGUGCUGCACCUCCUACUUCUGCAUGUGCGAGAGCUUCCGCUGUCCUCAAGUGCAGUGUGGCCUGGGCACUGCCCUGGUGCAGGUAUGGAGCCCAGACCGCUGCUGUCCCUACAAGUCCUGUGUGAAGGCCCCUGUGUGUCUGAGCCGUGAGCUGGGGGUGAUGCAGCCAGGCCAGACGGUGGUGGAGCUCUCGGCGGACGGUGUAUGCCACACCUCCCACUGCACCGACGUGCUCGACCCCCUCACCAGCUUCUAUCAGAUCAACACCACCUCCGUGCUGUGCGACGUCCACUGCGAGGCGAACCAGGAGUAUGAGCACCCACGGGACCUGGCGGCCUGCUGUGGCUCCUGCAGGAAUGUGUCCUGCCUCUUCACCUUCCCCAACGGCACUACCUCCCUGUUCUUGCCUGGUGCAUCCUGGAUUGCAGACUGCGCCCGCCACCACUGCAGCAGCACUCCCCUGGGCGCCGUGCUUGUCCGCUCACCCAUAAGCUGCCCACAGCUCAACGAGACUGAGUGUGCCAAGGUUGGCGGCUCGGUGGUGCCUUCCUUGGAAGGGUGCUGCAGGACAUGUAAGGAGGAUGGACGCUCCUGCAAGAAGGUGACCAUCCGCAUGACCAUCCGCAAGAAUGACUGCAGGAGCAACACCCCUGUGAACCUAGUGUCCUGCGAUGGGAGGUGCCCGUCUGCCAGUAUCUACAACUACAACAUCAACACCUAUGCCCGCUUCUGCAAGUGCUGCCGUGAGGUGGGCUUGCAACGACGCUCUGUGCAGCUCUUCUGUGCCACCAAUGCCACCUGGGUGCCCUACACAGUGCAGGAGCCCACCGACUGUGCCUGCCAGUGGUCCUGAGGCCUGGGGACCAGGGCUGCUGGACCACCUCUGCCACCCUCACUUUUCUGAUUCCAGUGGGCCCAGUGUGUGGGGGGGCGGAUAUUAAAGGUGAUGGGAAGCUGGUA